UAAAUAUUAUUUAAACAUACGAUUUUUAUUUUUUUUCGUAUUGAUUUGUCAAACCAAUCAACAUUAUGAUUGUAUAUAUAUCGUGCUAGUGAAAGAACAGUAUGUGUCAAACGCGUUUUGGAAAUUAUAUCGAUAUUCAUAAUAUAAUUGUUAUGUAUAUACAUUUUUAAGUGUAAAUAAUUAAUCUUCAUUAAAUUUGCAAAAAGUGCAUAAUAUUUUAUUCGUUCAUUUUAUUUAUUUUAUUUUCUAUAAUUAAAAUCGGAGUUAAAAUAAAACUUAACAAUACGUUCUUCAAUAAAUACAUUAUUUUUCAUUAAUGUCUCAUGGAUAUUUAAUAUUUUAGUACAUAUAUUUUGUUAAUUAAUAAUAAUAAAAUAUAUGCUACUUGCAAAAUAACAUCAAAACAAUAGCUUAUUCAUAAUAAACAUGUCAUCCAAUGAAGAUAAUGAUGAUAAUGAUUUAGUCAAGAUAUUAUUAUUAGAAAGUAUAAUAUCGUUCAAAUGUGAAGAUGAAGAUCAGUUUGAAAAUACUUCUAAUAUAAAUGAUAUUGAAUUAAUUAUUAAUAAUUCAGAAGUAUCUAUUAAAAAUCAAAGAAGUAUAUUGGAAAAAAAGUAUGAAACUGAAGAUGAUUUUAUGGAAUACAAUAUUGAAAAUUAUAACAAUACAUUACAUUUUAACAGACAAAUAGUCUCUUCUUUGUUGGAUUUAAAGAAACAUGUAACCUUUGCACUUCAAAAAUGUGAACGAAAAUUAAAAGCAAUAGAAAAAAAUUUACAAAAACAUGCACUUGGAGAUACAAAAAUUUUAAUUUGCAAUGCCGGUAUGCCAUAUUUUAAGGAUAAAUAUUAUUUUUUUGCUCCUAAUAAUGAAGAUGAAAUAUUAAAAGAAAAUAGUAAAGAAUUACAACUAAGAAAUCUCCCUAAAGUUUCUUCAUGGACAAAAAAAGAAAGAGAAAUGCUUUUAAAAGCAAUACAAAAGGAAGCCAUUUCAGAUGUAUUAUGUAUUCAAAAAAUAGAAUGUUCAAAACUUAAUAAUAAAAUGUUUAAAUUAAAAACUAAAAAUGAUGAUAAGAAAGAAGUGAAAACAGAAUUUCUACCUAAAAAUUUUUUAGAAAUGAUUAAAUCAAAAAGAUUACAGGAAAAAGAAUUUGAUUGGUUUAAAAUAUCAUCUACUUAUUUUGAAGACAUUCAUUCUCCACUUGAUUGUUCUGUCAUGUGGAAUGUUUUUCUUCAACCUGAUAUUAAUAAAAGUCAUUGGACAAAAUCAGAAGAUAUUAAACUUAGAAAAAUUGUGAAAAAAUAUAAAUUUCAAAACUGGGACAAAAUUGCCAAAGAAUUAAAUACAAAUCGUACUGCAUAUCAAUGUUUCAUUAGAUAUAAUACAACAAAAAAAUUACCCAAAAUUAGAAAUUGCACCUGGGAAAAUGAAGAAGAUGAAAGACUUUUAAAAUUAAUAGAGAUAUUUAAAGUUGGUGAUUUUAUCCCUUGGGGUGAUGUAGCUAGUUGGAUGCAAAAUAGAACUAAACAACAAGCAUAUUUCCGAUGGACAUACAGUUUAACACCAUAUUUAAUAAAAGGUAGAUUUACUAAAAUUGAAGAUAAUAUUUUGAAAGAUGCUGUCAUCAAGUAUGGUACAAAUUUUCGUAAAAUAUCAGCUGCAUUAAUGCCUAAUAGAUCCACUGUUCAACUUCAUGAUCGUUAUCAAACAUUAACUAUCAAUCAAAUUGAAAACUGGAAUUUAUGGACAUUUGAAGAAGACACAAAAUUAUUGAAUCUUUUUGAGAAUAUUGGUCCAAAUUGGUCUAUGAUAGCUAAACAAUUUUCAAGUAAAAAUAGAACUCAAUUAAGACAUAGAUAUAAAGCUUUACAAAAAUAUAUUAAAAGAGGUGUCUCUUUAUUUGAAUUACAUAAACAUCAUUUUUAUGAAGAAAAUGAGAAAGAAAAAGAACAAAAAAAAGAAGAUUCUUUUAAGGAUAUCUUCAAAUCUAAUAAUAUUGAUAGUAAUGAUUAUGAUAAUGAUUUGGAUAAAAAAUUAAUUGAAUAUUUUCACACAAGGCAUAAAAUAGAAAAAUUGAUACAUAAAUGCAAAUUUCAUAAUAUGGAGAAAUUACAAUAUAAUACAACAAAUUUAUAUAAUAUUUUACAAAUAUUAAAUGCCAAACUUUAUAUCCCAAAUGAUAUCAGUGACAUAAAAUUAAAUGAUAGAGAUCAAGAGCUAUUGUAUUCAUUAAGGGAUUUUAUAAAAUUAAAAAAUGAUAAAAAAAAGUACUUUGAGACAAUAAACAAAUAUAUAUCACGCAUGUUUGGUAUGGAUGAAACUAAAGAUUCACAUUUUGUACCUCCACCUCCUUUUGAUUCACAGAUAAAAUUAAAAAAAUCAAAAAAAAGUCAAUGUAUUGAUUAUAAUUUAAAUGCGAAAAAUAAUUUUUUGCUUGAAAAACCUACAAGUUUUAAUACUCCAGAUAUUGUAAUUUCCUAUAUUGGUGGCAAUGAAGAGGAAUUACAAUUUCAAAAACUUAGUCGUUUAUUUGAAAUUAAUAAUUCAAGAUAUGAACAAAUAUUUAAAACUCAAAACUGUUCUAAAUUUCCAGCAAAAAUGCUAUUACAAGAACAUACUAAUAAUGACAGUGAUAAAAAGAAUUCAACAAAUGACAGAUUAUUAGAAAAAGUGGAAUCAAUUACUCUUUUUGACAUUGGUACUGAAACACAUGAUAUUGAAAAACAUGAUAUACCUAUGAUAUAUGCUAGUCAUGCAACUUUAUCAAGUUUCAAAAAUUUAAUGUAUUUGAAACGAUUGAAUGAAAAAUAUAAUUCUGGUAGAUUUUUUAUACAAUCACACAAAUUUUAUAAAGUAUUUACUUUAUUAGAAACACGAUUAGAACAAUUAUUUAAAUAUCCUAUAGGUUUAUCAAAAAUCGUUUUGCCUGAAGUUUAUGUAAUGGAUACAUUCUUAUAUAAUGAUAUUACACCAAAAAGAAAAAUUUCUAAAAUAUCAUAUACAUUAGAUAAACAUAAAACAAAAAAAUUAAGAAUGUUAAGUGAAAAUAAUAAAAAAAUAAGAUGAUAAAAAUAUCAAUUUCUUUUUUUUAUUUUUAAGAUACAAAUGUAAAAUCUUUUGUUUAUAUAUGUAAAAUAUACAUAAUGAAAUAAAAUCUUUUCUCAAUAAAUUAAAUUAAUUUUCGGAUAUAUAAUCAAAAUUUUUUCUAAGUUUUUAUAGAAAAAUCCCUGUUAUCAACGUUUUAUUAUAUUUUUAAAUUAUUUUAAAAAAUAAUAUUAUAAAAAUAUUUAAAUUUUUUAAUAUAUUUAUAUCAAUGAAAUUUUUAAUUAAUUUCAUUUAUAAAAUAAACAAAAUAUAUUUCACAAUAUAUUAUAUAUAUUUAUAUUAUCAUAAUAAUUCAAUAGAUAUUUAAAAAAUAUACACAAAAAAAUAAAUAUUAAGUUAUUAUUACUUUCUUUAAAUGAAUAUUAUCUUAAUGUAUUGAUUAUGUGAAAAGUGAAAUUUUGCAUGCAAUUUGCUAUUAUAAAUAAUAUUAUUAUAAUACAAUAUUAAUAAUGGAAAACAAUUGUAUAUAGAAUGAUAAACAAAAAUUUCAAAUAUAUAAAAAUGCUAAAAGAGUUUGAUAAAUUUGGUAUAAACAUAAUAUUCUUGAUAAGAAAUAAAUUAUAUAUUUUCCUAAUAAAUUCAUUCUUUUCCUUUCUUUUUUUUUUAAUUGAUAUUUGUGAUAAGUACAUUAUAAAAAUAAGUAUAUUAUAAAAAUAAAAUAAAAAAAAAAGAGAAAGAAAUAGAGUAAAAAAGUGUAUUUGUAAAAAUGUACUAUAUGCAUAAUUUAAGAAAUAAUUUAUAUGCACGAUACAAUCAAACUUGAUUACAUUUAUACACAAGCACAUCUUUUUAAAUGUAGUUGUUGAUUAUGAAUAUUUUUCACUGAGAAUGUUAAAAAAUGAAACGAAUAAUUAUUUUUUCUUUAAAACUGAAUUAUUAUAGCUUGUUACAAUAAUUGUACAACCUGCUGUAAAAACUCCCCACAAAAAAAGACUAGCUUCAAUUUUGUGAACUAAAGAUCUAAUACUAUCAAGGAGUAAUUUUAGCGGUUCAUUUAUUGCUUUGUAAACUGGCUUAUCUUGAAUAAUUUUCAUUUUUGAUAAAUAUUCAAUGAGUGGUGGAUGAUCAUGACUAAAUAUUGGAAAAUAUUCUCCGAUUUUUUCUCUUGUCCACCAUGCUUGUUUAUUCCAUCUAAUCAAAAAUAAAAAUAAUAAAAUUAAACAUUUAAUAAUCAAAAAAAAAAUUAUAUAAAAAAGUAAUAUAAUUAUAAUAUAAUAAAGUAUAUAAAUACUUACGAUUGACUCCAUGGAGUAUAAUGAUAACGAUAAAGACUUGCUUUGAUAUAUCUAGGUGGUUUUUCAGGAAAUGGAUUUUCUACAUUAUUCAUUAGAGCCAAUAUCUCUGGUUGACCUUUCAAAAGACGAUAUGCUAACGACAUUAACCAUGGAUUUUGAUGAUAUGUACCUAAUGCAGCAAACCACAUUUGCCAAUCAAGUCGCGGUUGAUGAGGAGC